AUGAGUGUUCUCUCCAGCUCCCAUCAAUCAUGGAAGACUCUGAUUCUCGCGAGUCAUUGUUGCACAACAUUGCGUCAUAUCAAAUCGACCCAUGCUCUAUUCAUCAUCCAUGGCCUCCAUCGCAACACUUACGCAACUAGCAAACUUCUCACUGCUUUUCUCCCUCUUCCCAAUUUGGACACACACUUUCACUACGCCUCCACUGUAUUCGAUUCCAUUCAGUUUCGUAACUCAUUCGUUUACGAUACCAUGAUCAGAAUGUGCUCUCGAAGCUCUCUGCCUCAAUUGGGUUUACGGUAUUUCCGACUAAUGCUUAGAGAAGACGACGAAGAUAUAGCUCCCAGUUAUCUCACGUUUCAUUUCUUGUUGGUCGUUUGUUUGAAUGCUUAUUUCUUCUCUGUGGGUAAGCAAAUCCAUUGUUGGGUCAUGAAAAAUGGUGUCUUUUCGUCGGACGGUCAUGUGCAGACAGGAAUCAUGCGGCUUUAUGUUGAAGAGAAACUGUUGUCAGAUGCCCACAAAGUGUUCGAUGAAAUUCCUCACCCGGAUGUUGUGAAAUGGGAUGUUUUGAUGAAUGGGUAUGUUAGAUGCGGUUUAGGAUCCGAGGGUUUAAAGGUAUUCAAGGAGAUGUUGGCUCGAGGAACAGAGCCUGACAAAUUCUCAGUUACUACGGCGUUAACGGCUUGUGCACAAGCUGGGGCUCUCGCUCAGGGGAAGUGGAUUCAUGAGCUUUUGAAGAAGAAGAAGAAAUGGAUUGAAUCUGAUGUAUAUGUAGGAACGGCACUUGUUGACAUGUAUUCCAAGUGUGGUUGCUUAGAGAUGGCGAUGGAAGUCUUCGAAAAGUUGACUCGGAGGAAUGUCUUCUCAUGGGCAGCCUUAAUUGGAGGAUAUGCAGCUUAUGGUUAUGCUAAGGAAGCUAUUACGUGUUUGGAGCGGAUGGAACGAGAAGAUGCUAUUAAACCUGAUAGUGUAGUUCUUCUUGCGGUCUUAGCUGCUUGUGCUCAUGGAGGAUAUCUUCAAGAAGGCAAGUCAAUGUUAGAUAAUAUGGAAGCUCGAUAUGGAAUUACUCCAAAGCAUGAGCAUUACAGCUGUAUUGUAGAUUUGAUGUGUAGAGCUGGAAGAUUAGAUGAUGCAGUUGGUCUUAUAGAAAAAAUGCCCAUGAAACCUCUUGCAUCUGUUUGGGGUGCUUUACUAAAUGGUUGUCGAACGCACAAGAAUGUUGAACUAGGAGAAUUAGCUGUUAAGAAUCUUCUUGAGAUAGAGAAAGGAAAUGCUGAUGAAGAGGAAGCAGCUCUUGUUCAACUAUCUAAUAUUUACCUGGUUGUUGAAAGAAAUGCCGAGGCAUCUAAAAUUCGUCGGAUGAUAGGUCAGAGGGGAAUAAGAAAGGCACCAGGAUGCAGUGUGUUAGAGGUGGAUGGAAAUGUUACCAAGUUUGUUUCGGGAGAUUUGUCACACCCAAAUCUGCUGCAAAUUCACACAAUGAUUCAUCUCCUAUCUGUUGAUGCCUUGCAGAUUCUGUCGCACUAA